CCUGCCACUUAUUUUACGGCUUGCCGCGCCCAAUGUGACUAACAGCAUGGAUGCAAAAAGUCUAGCUCCCAGGGGGAGUAUGUCAGACACGGCCCGAUUUCCUGGACAUGGCUAGCCAGCCCUAUAUAGGAUGACGGAACUACAUAGGAGGCUUACUAUUAUCAGAUUCUUUCUGAUCAGUGAUUUUUCUCUUGUUCCCUAAUUGCAACGUGCAAUUAGUCCAUUCUUUCUUUAUUUUUUGUCACUCAUUUAUUUGGAGCGUUGCAUGCUCCAGCCAUUCAUUUACCAUGCGUAUCUUUUCGAAGCUGGCCGUUGCGAUAGCAGGUGUGCUCGCUGCUUGUUCAUGGGCACAUCCGGUCACUAGAUUGCACGGAAGAAGCAUUGUCAUCGGUCCCUCGAACAGUAUCAAUGGCACGUACAAUGCACAUCCUCAUUCGGGGAAGGGUCCUUCGACGACCAACGGUCCUUUGCAGACCCAAGGAACUGCACAGCUGCCAUUGUCGAUUGUCAAUAAUUUCAGCGGAAGCUCAGUCAACCUCUAUGUCACUGGCCUUGACGACAACAACCAACUUGUAAUGCUUCAGCCUGAUGGUAGCUGGUUCUACCCGGCUGGAACCAAUGGAACCACAAUUCCUCUGCCUAUUACAGGAAAUGUCGCUAUUCCGAUCAGUGGUUUUGGAACCGUCACCAAUCUCACCUUACCGAGCUACAUAUCAUCCGCUCGUGUCUGGUUCGCUGAAGGUAACCUCGAGUUUUAUACCGUUACGGUCGACAAUAUUCUGUCUCUGGUCGAGCCCUCCGCUGUCAACCCUGACGAUGCCAGUGCAGACGUCAACUGGGGGUUCGUCGAGUUGACUAACACCGAAGACGCCGGAAUAUACGCAAACAUUAGCUACGUCGACUUUGUCGGCCUCGUGUUGGGAAUGGAACUCCUUACUGGGAAUGGGAGCAUCAAAAGUGCGGACGGCCUUGAAUCCGAUGCAGUCGCCCAAAUAUGUUCCGACUUGCAGGCCCAAGCCGCCUCGGAUGGCCAGCCAUGGGAUAAGCUCUGCGUGACGGACACCACUGGCAAUCCUCUCCGCGUGAUGGCGCCGACAGACUAUAUUGGCUCAGAUGCCACGGCCUUCAGCGACUACUGGUCCGACUAUGUUGACAAAGUCUGGACACGGUACACCAAUUCCACACUCACCAUCAACACGCAAUCGGGUGCGGGAAAUGUCAACUGCACUGUCAGAGGCGACCAGCUCACCUGUGCUGGCGACAAUCGAGGCUACUCGAAGCCCGUUGCCAGCGACAUAUUCGGUUGCAACAGCGGUCCAUUCUUGAUUCAGGCCAGUGACAACGAUAUUCACAAAGCUGUGGUACCCCGUCUCUGCGCAGCCUUUAAUCGUUCUACCCUCCUUCUAUCCGGCGGCAACGUUCAGCCCAGUCUGGGCUCUAACUACUACUACACCGUAUCUCCGACAAACUACUACAGCAAGAUUGUGCACAAGUACGAGAGCGAUGGCAAGGGGUAUGCAUUCUCAUACGAUGAUGUCAAUCCGACUGGCGGAGACGACCAGUCUGGUUCUGUCACUGAUGCGGAUCCCCAACUGCUUACUGUCUAUGUUGGUGGGCCCCCGUCGUCUUAGAUGCUGUGCAUCGAUCUUCGUGUACAUGAUUUGAUUUCUCUUGUGCCGUAUCAUAUUUCAUUGUAUCUUGUAGUCUUGUGUCAGUAUAUGAGUUGUCUGUCGGA